AUGCGCCAAGCAUUGCACAGCCGCCCGGGUGCGCUCCCCAUGGCCAACUCCGACGACAGCGACACGAGCUGCUCCAGCGACGCCGCGCCACCGUGCCCGCCCGUCAGGGUCGCCACGGCCGACGAGCUGGGCACGCUGAGGGUGAUCGAGGUGCCGGCAGGGGACAAAUGGGACGACGCUCAAAUCGUGGGGAAAUGGGGCAAGCCUGACAGAGAGCAAGGCAUCGAUGUGCUGUGCUCCUCACAGAGGGCACCCGAUGACACAGAGGACACUUGCUUUUGCAUAUCGCGAGUGGACGGACACAUGGAGCUGCUGGAUCCAUUCAGUGGGGCCGUCCUUGGACAAGCUGCUGCCUGGCGACCUGGGUCCGGGGGCCUGUCCAGCGAGUCUGCUCGUGUGAGGCACAUUCAACCCCUGUGGAGGAAUGCUGAAGGACGGAUGCGGAUUCUGUCCUGUUGUCGGAGUGGUGUUGUGCGAGUUCAUCAACAUCCCAAUGAUGGAGGUCACAUGCUCAAAGAGACAGCCAGCUUUGGGGCAGCACUGGCCAUCAACUGUGCGAACGUAGACCAGGAGGAGAGACUUGUGGCGGUGGGCGGCGAGGGCAGCGAGCUGCGAGUGUGGGACCUGCAGGCCCAGAGGUCGCUAUUCGAGGGCCGCCCCCCCAAGCCCCACGCUGCCUACAACCACGUGGACGCCGCCUACUUGACCGCCAUGUCUUUUGUGCCGAGGACAGAGUCCAAACUGGUGGCUGUGGGCACCGCUUUCCACAAGAUGAGGUUGUACGACUUGAGGGUCCAUGGUCGGAGGCCUGUGUUCGAGAUGAAGUGGAAGGAGGCACGGAUAACGUGCCUCAUGCCCGAACCCAGCGGCAUUUGCAUCUGGUUGGCCAAUGGGACGGGCCAAAUCGAAUCCUUGGACCUCCGAAAGCGAGUGAUCGAUGGGUCUCUAAAGGGGCAGAUCUCCGGCUCCGUGCGCGCACUGACUGCCCACCCGAGCCGCCCUCUCGUCGCCUCUGCCAGCUUGGACAGAUUCAUUAGGAUCCACCACCCCGUGACGCGGAAGCUGCUGCUGAAGAAGUAUGUGAAGUACCAGCUCACGGGGGUUGGAUUCUUGCCACCUUUGGAUGACUGGGAAGGGGAUGAUGACGACGAUGACGAUGAGGAAGAAGUGGGUGAGCAGCAGGACGUUUCUCCGAGGGAGAGGCGGAAACGAGGGGUGGCGGAUUGCGACGCCGUCCAUGGGUCGGAAGAGCGCAGGAAGAAGGGAUUACGAGCUAGCGAAUAG